AUGCGGUCUAUAUCUGAAUGGAGUAUGCAGAUCAUGAGGUUCUGCCAUAGUUUUAUGAAUGAAUUAUACCGCUAUUUGGGUCCUGACAAGGAUCUUCCUUCAGAAGAGAUGGGUGUUGGUACCCGAGAAAUGGGUUAUCUUUAUGGGCAAUAUCGACGUUUGACUGGUCAUUCUCAGGGAAGUUUUGCCGGGCCCAGAGUAAAUUGGUCAGGGACUAGCUUGCGAACGGAGGCUACUGGGUAUGGAAUGGUUUUCUUUGCACAACUUAUUCUUGCUGACAUGAACAAAGAACUUAAAGGAUUAAGGUGUGUAGUUAGUGGCUCUGGAAAAAUUGCAAUGCACGUCUUGGAGAAGCUUAUAGCUUAUGGUGCGCUCCCUAUAACUGUAUCAGAUUCCAAGGGUUAUUUGGUGGAUGAAGAUGGAUUUGACUUCAUGAAAAUUUCAUUUCUAAGAGAGAUCAAAAUACAGCAGAGAAGUUUGAGGGACUACUCAAAAACGUAUGCGCGUUCGAAGUACUAUGAUCAAGCAAAGCCUUGGGGGGAAAGGUGUGACAUUGCAUUCCCAUGUGCUUCUCAGAAUGAGCUGGAUCAAUCUGAUGCAAUUAACUUGGUGAACGGUGGCUGUCGUGUAGUUAUAGAAGGUUCAAUCAUGCCCUGUAAUCCUGAAGCAGUUGAUGUUCUCAGAAAAGCAAAUGUACUUGUUGCACCUGCUUUGGCUACUGGAGUGGGUGGGGUUGUCGCUGGCGAACUUGAACUUCGAGAAUGUAAUAUGAAUUGGUCCCCUGAAGAAUUUGAGUCUAAACUGCAGGAAGCAGUGAAGCAGACUUACCAAAGGGUAGUCAAAGCAGCAUCUGAUUUUGGGUAUCAGAAAGAAAGUCCUGAGGCAUUGCUACAUGGCGCAGUUAUCUCAUCAUUUCUGGCCAUUGCCAGUAGUAUGAAUGAUCAAGGGUGUGUUUAG